AAAGGCGAAGAAAAAUAAGGAGUGGGAAGGGAGGAGAACCUACGACUACGAAACGAAAAGCACAAAGGAGGAAAAAAAAAAUACGAGGCGCUCGUCAUCAAAACAAAACAAAUCGUUAAACCCAGAAGGCUCUCCUGCUCCUCCUCUCUCUCCGGUUGCUUCCUCGCGGCGGAUUCGUGUUCCCCGCGUCCGCGGCAAGGGGAGGAUCUCGCUCCGGCGAGAGGAGAGGAGCUCGCGAGAUGGGGAUGGCCGCCGCCGCAGCCCGCGUGGUGAACUACCCGCUCGUCGCGGCGCUCCUCGCGUUCGCCAUCGCGCAGUCCUCCAAGGUCUUCACCACCUGGUACAAAGAUAAUCGUUGGGAUGCUAGACAGUUUAUAGCUUCUGGAGGGAUGCCAUCAUCCCACUCAGCUACAGUGACAGCACUUGCAGUGGCUGUAGGAAUCCAAGAAGGCUUUCGUAGUGCCACCUUUGCAACUGCACUGGUCUUUGCAUGCGUGGUGAUGCAUGAUGCAUUUGGAGUUCGGUUACACGCUGGAAAACAGGCAGAGGUGCUGAAUCAAAUUGUUUACGAGCUUCCACAGGAACACCCAUUAUCAGAGACAAAGCCAUUGCGUGAAAUCCUUGGACAUACUGUUCCUCAGGUUGUGGCUGGUUGCAUCCUUGGAAUCCUAAUGGCUGUCGUUAUGCACUUAGCUGUGGGGAGUUCUUAGUCAAGUGGUGUUCAUGGAUAUCUGCGACACGUGGUCACCAUAUAUCUCAUCGGUGAUGACUUGUAAAGCUUGAAAACAUGAUCUUACUGGUUUGCCCAAGUGGUUGGAUCAUCAGGAUAUACGAAGUUCUAACUGAUGUAGAUCUGCUCUAUAUAGGAUAAUAGUAGGUUGUAGCUUGAGUUGGUGCUGUAAAUCUAAGGGUGCGUUUGGCAGAGCUCCCAGAGCUGAUUGAUUCUAGCAGGAGUUCUGCCAAACAGUUUUUCAGAGAGAAGUGAUUUCCUGCUGAUUCUAUGAAAUUCUGGAAAGUGAUUCUCUGAAAUAAACUAAGAGGUUGGGACCUGGAAAAACUAGCUUCUUCUGAUUCUGUGAAGUGAUUCCCCAUCCUGA